AUGAAUGAUCCCAAUACAAAGUAUACCCAGUCGUCUCUGACGCCUGAAGUUCCCUUUUUCAACUACCACGAGUUUCUCGUUCCUCCCAAUGCCCCUUCAGGUUCUACUUUGGUCUCCCAGGCUUCUCCAGCAGAGAAACCAGCCAACCUCGAAUCCCUGGAAGCUCUGCUUGUGGUGAACCAUUUUCCAAACGUCCAUGUUCCCACUGGAUCUGAAUUGUAUGAAACUACACGGAUUGUACGCAUUCCACGAACCUACCAUACUACAGACUACUCAUAUAUGGUUCCCCAGUUUUCAGUGUAUACGCCAGGAGAAGAGCCAGCGGCUGUUUUGGGGGAACCCACGUUGGGUGAAUUCGAUGGGAAUGUGUUUGGAACGACAUCUAAACCGCCUUUGGUGCCUCUGUUGCUUAGUGCUAAGGAGUUGGAGGAGAUAGUAAGGACAGUGAAUGGGAUGUUAGAGGAGGCUUUUUCGAUGGACUCGAAAUGGACGUGGAUGGAUAAUGUGCUUGAACAAGGCCGUAAGGCCUUGGAUGGACACGGAGGCUGGACGGAGGCUCUGAGAGACUCUGAGAGGCCGCAAGGCCUUGAAGAGGCGCCGAGGCCGGGAUUGGAAGGCCAGACAAGGCCGCAAGGCCUUGAAGAGCGAGGCUGGAGCUGGUCUGGGGCUCUGAGAGGCCCUAAGGCCUCGAAGGCUGGAGAUGGUAAGGCCUUGGAAGAUCUGAAGGACUAA